AUGGCCAAGUCCACCGAGGACAUCUUCAGGGCUGCCGGCAAGGAGAAGCGGAGGAUAGGUUCCUGUGAACAGUGCCGGGCCACCAAGAGUCUCUGUACCCGCAACCAGCCUUCUUGCAAGAGGCGUAUCCUCCGCGGCCUGAGCUGCGUCUACCGGACCAAGCUUGACAACAGGUCGCCCACUGUCACCCAGCCGUCGGGCCGUGGAACCUCCAUCGGCAACUCACCGUCUCAAGAUUUGCGGGGCCCGAAUGUGACAGCCCCCGUAAUCUCCGGCCUCGAGGUCGACUAUCAGCAACUGUGCUCUGAAAUACUCCCCCAAGAUGCCGGCUUGAGGUCUAGGCUCAUCAGCACCUACUUUGAUCGCAUCCACCCCUUACGCUGUCUCGCGUUUAUUCAUAAGCCUUCAUUUCUGCACGCAUUAGAUUGCGACACGGUCAUGGAAGACUAUGGUGAACCACUUUUGUAUAUCAUGUGUGCUCUAGGCGCUAGGCUUAUUUUCCUUGACUCGGUGCGCAGUGGGGCAUUAGUUCACCCACCUGGCUCCACGAUUCCUGGUGAUACAUGGGCGGAAAAGGCUCGGAAGGACGUGCUCUCCGAAGCACACUUGUUCCAAGUGUCCAGCAUCUCAUGGCUCUUGUUCUUCUCUCUAUUGGGCCUUGACUCGCCGCAUCAGCAGACCACAGUCUCGGGGUUGCCGUCUGAGAUCCUUGAGGGGGAGGUGGAGAACCGCAUUGUCUGGGCUUGCUAUCAGAUCGAUCUUCCUUUAGCGUCCGGCGUGGACAGAAAUUCGCUUUGGCGCGGUGACUUCCCCACUAUACCGCUCCCUUGCUCCGAUCGAGAUUUCCUCUCUCCCAUCUAUAUCUCUCCGCAAUUUCUCUCCGAUCCUGAGGAUCCAGAUUCGCUCUCUGUCCUGGGCCAAUUCGAUCUCCCCUCGCUUGAGCAACAUAUCGCAGGAGCAGUCUUCUUCCUCCACAUGAUCUAUCACGCAGCCGUGUUCGACUUGACCAGGAUUUCACUUGCUGGCUUCAACUUCCGGCUCGCCGGCGCCUUCGCCGGCGCGCCGCCCGACUUUAGAGCCGAUUGUCAAAAACGCUGCCGCUUCCAUGCAAGCGAGGUCUCAAAUGUGAUUCGACAGGGCUUUAGACACGGUGCAGCUGCCUUUGACCAGCCUUUCUGCGCUGACGUCGCGCUAGAAUCCGCCAAGAUCCAAAUAAUCUACACUAGCACGGUGGCUAAUGACGCCGAGUCGGUUGAGUUGACGAAGACCAAUCUUAGGACGAAUCUCCAGCUUCUUAAAGUCUUACAUGCCGGCAGAGAUGGCCUGAGCCCCUAUGUGAGUGCUAGGCAACUGAGUUGGCGGGGCUCACCGCAGCGCUAA